CAUUCUGCCUGUGCUUGUUCACACACGCUCUCGUCUACAUGCUGCACACACACACACACUCACCUUCUCCUCUGACUGACUGCCUGCACAUCAGAGAAGAAGCUCGGACAGGACGUUCACAUUUUGGACAGUCUGCUUGUGUGUGUGUGUGUGUGUGUGUGUGUGUGUGUGUGUGGGGGUGGUUGUGUUGGUCUGCAUGUGUGUGGGCUCGGCUGAAGAGGAGAGAGGCUUGACAUAAGAUAAGAAGAGUGAUUUAUGAUUACUUUUGAGCGAGGGAGGGAUUUUUUUUAUUCUUGCCGGUCAGACACAGAGACGUAACUUUUCCUCACUCAAGGACCUGCUGCUCCUUCUCGUGCCCGUGACAACUCACUCGACAGGAUGACAUGGCGUCCUCAGUACCGCAACUCCAAGUUCCGCCACGUGUUCGGUAAGCCCGCCACCAAGGAGAGCUGCUACGAUGGCGUGCCAAUCACACGCAGCGUCCAGGACAACCACUUCUGUGCUGUCAACCCACGUUUCCUGGCAGUCAUCACUGAGUGUGCCGGGGGAGGGGCCUUCCUGGUCCUGUCUAUCCAUCAUACAGGUAAAGUGGACCCUCACCACCACCGAGUAUCAGGCCACAGAGGCAACGUGUUAGACAUCAAGUGGAAUCCCUUCCAUGACUACUGCAUCGCCUCCGCCUCCGAGGACUCUUCGGUGAAGGUGUGGGAAAUCCCUCCUCACGGUCUGAUGAAGAACCUCACAGUACCAUGGAAGGAGCUUCAGGGUCACAGUCGCAGAGUGAGCCUCAUCGAGUGGCACCCGACGGCCAACAACAUCCUCUUCAGUACAGGCUACGACUACCAGAUUAUGAUCUGGAACCUGGACUGUCCGGAGCAGGUGAUCAAGAACCCUGUGAGGACCAUCAGCCACCACACAGACGUGAUCCUCUCCAUGUCGUUCAACACGGACGGAAGCCUCCUCGCCACCUCCUGCAAGGACAAGAAGGUCCGACUGAUGGAGUCGCGCUCAGGAAACCUCCUGCAGGAAGCCAACUGCAAGACGCACAGAGCCAGCAAGGUGUUGUUCCUGGGCAACAUGAAGAUGCUGCUCACAUCAGGGGUUUCACGCUGGAACGAACGACAGGUCGCUCUGUGGGAUCAGGACGACCUGUCUGUGCCUUUGUUAGAGGAGAACCUGGACGGUUCAUCAGGAGUCCUCUUUCCUUUCUAUGACCCUGACACACACAUGCUCUACGUGGCCGGGAAGGGCGAUGGGAAUAUCAGGUACUACGAGAUCAGCUCAGAAAAACCGUACAUCCACUACCUAACAGAGUACCGCUCACCCUUACCGCAGAAAGGAAUGGGUGUGAUGCCAAAGAGAGGCCUGGAUGUGAGCUCCUGUGAGGUGUUCAGGUUCUACAAGCUGGUGACAAUCAAGAGUAAGAUCGAGCCACUGUCCAUGAUCGUUCCUCGCAGAUCAGAGUCGUAUCAAGAUGACAUCUAUCCCAUGACAGCAGGGAACAAGCCUGCGAUGACUGCAGAGGAGUGGCUCAGUGGCAUCGACAAAGGCCCCGUGAUGAUGUCUCUGAAGCCCGGGAGUCAAAUAGCAGAGUCGUUCUCGGAGAUGAGCAAAGGGCCGGGACAUCCACUGGACACCCGCAGGUCUCAGAGCCGACCGGGCAUGCUGCAGCUGGCGUACAUUCAGGACCAGCUGGGGAGCCAAGACGGCAAAGAGAACAGCGGCAACGGAGAGGAUGACAGGAGCCGGCUGGCCGUCAGCAACGGAGAGGACCUUGGACUCUGCUCUCCUCCGAGGACAGAGAACGAGUUGCUUCUCAAGUUCCACAAGCAGCAGGAGGAGAUCCGGCGGCUGAGGGAGCUCCUCAACCAGAGGGACGUGCGGGUCAAACAGCUGGAGCUGGAGAUCAAGAACAUCAAAAACACCCAGCCUCAGAGCGCACUUUAAGAUCUGCCCGACCUGCAGGGUCCCCUUCACCUCCUCACGGGACACAUGCAUCACUAUAUAAACUUACUAACCCUACUCUGAUGGCACCGCACUCUUUUGCAGGGUCCUGGAUCGCUCGCUUUCCCCGAUGAAGCGAGACCCCAUACUCACAGCACAGGGGGGAUUCCAACCUGGACUUUGUGUCUUUGCUUUCUUUUGUCUUCUCUGUCACUUCUUCUCAAGAUGCACAUAUUCUUUGUUCAUGUACAUACACCUCAACACUGAGUCUUACCCAGCUGUACCAAGUUUUAAAAACUCUUUGCACCUUUUGACCUUUCCCCUGUUUUCUUUUGAACGCUCCACAGCUAUGCAAGUGUGUUGUACUAGCUUUUUUUUUAAUGCUCUUUGUAGCUGAGAGGUUAACGGGUGUGUGUGUGUGUUGACUGACUGAUGCGACUGUCUUGUCUGUGUGUAGUUUGGGAGUUGUUGCAGGGCAGGAGCAGACGUCCUGUGUGAUUGUAAUGACAACGCUGAAUUAAUUUUCUAUGCUUGGUGACUGUUUUUUCCACGAUGUAAACUACUGUUAAAUGGAGACGUCUCUGAGACGUGUGGACCCGGCUCUACUGAAUGUGUGCUGGGAUGAGAGUGAGCUAAACGAAUGAGAAAAAUCACGAUCCCGGCUGUUCCAUUGAGCUGCACAUCGUUUGCUGAAUUUUCUGUUAUUUCUGAAUGACUGGACAGAUAUUGACAAAUCAAUUUUUCACAGCAGCUAUUGUGUACGCCAAUUCUGUAACUGAUGCCAUGUAGCAGUUUUGAUCUUAAUUUUUUUUAUAUUUAUUUUAAAAUACAGUCAACAAAAAAAAACAAAUAAUAAUGCCGAUCUUGAAUUCAUGUUUGAAAUUUGGGGAAAAAUACAUCACAGAAAGUGUUUAGAGGCUGCUUGUUUUUUUUCCUGAUGUGAACUCACUGUGAAGAAAAGGUUUAAAGCCAUUAUAGAGAACUGAACCACUUUAAAGCUCCUGGUUUUCAAUGCGGUUUCCCACAGAGUGCCUUUUUACUGCCCUUUGUUAAACUAUAACACGAUAUACUGAGGUUUUCUGUUCGUAGAUGAAGCUAAAAUAUCUCACAACUCAUUAAGAUUAUGAACCCUGAUAAACACGAGCUGACACUUCUCGCAGGUUGAGGUUGAGUCAUUCAUUUCUAGAUCAGUUAAGCUGGCUGCCAUCUCACUUGGUACGUUUGUUUUCCGCGUCUCGCUCACGAUACAUUUAUGUAACUUUGGUGAUCCGGUAACUAGCAGCAUCAUCAGGUCCCAAAUUUGGACUUGUCCAUUACUGUGGUUCAGGCCCAAACUGAUGACAUCAUCCUCAGGUGUUCUGUUGUUACAGGUCAUGUGCUAUUGUAAGUAUGCUAACAUGCUAAUCUGAUAUCUUAAACGUGGUUAACAUUAACCUUGUUAGCAUACUAGCAUUGGCACUGUGAUUACAUUGUGCCAGCAUGCUACCAUUUUAAUGGAAUAUUCUAAACAUGGUUAACAAUAAACUUGUUUAACAUUAA